AUGAAACAGCUGACGUUGCCUGUUGAACUCUCCCUGAGUGUCGGGGCGGACAUCUUUCCUUUAGCUCGUUCCCUUCGCGUGAAGCUCUCGGCGCUCCGUCCUCCUGCGGGCCAGGAGACGCUUACAGGAGAUUUUGCAUUGACGUUGCUACAGACCGAGCACGAGGAGCACGAGGAGCACGCGGAGCACGAGGUGCACGAGGUGCACGAUGAGCACGAGGAGCACGAUGAGCACGAUGAGCACGAGGAGCACGCGGAGCACGAGCACGAGGAGCACGAGGAGCACGAUGAGCACGAUGAGCACGAGGAGCACGAGGUGCACGAGGAGCACGAUGAGCACGCGGAGCACGAGGUGCACGAGGAGCACGAUGAGCACGAUGAGCACGAGGAGCACGAGGAGCACGCGGAGCACGAGGUGCACGAUGAGCACGAGGUGCACGAUGAGCACGAUGAGCACGAGGAGCACGAUGAGCACGAGGAGCACGAUGAGCACGAUGAGCACGAGGUGCACGAUGAGCACGAGGAGCACGAUGAGCACGCGGAGCACGAGGUGCACGAUGAGCACGAGCACGAUGAGCACGAGGAGCACGCGGAGCACGCGGAGCACGAGGAGCACGAUGAGCACGAUGAGCACGAGGAGCACGAUGAGCACGAUGAGCACGAGGAGCACGCGGAGCACGAUGAGCACGAGGAGCACGAGGAGCACGAGGUGCACGCGGAGCACGAGGAGCACGAUGAGCACGAUGAGCACGAGGAGCACGAGGAGUUCGGGGGCGAGGGAACGGUGCGGUGA